CCUUGUUCUGAAGAUGCCAUAGCAAAUAAAGAACUUCCUCUUUAAACUUCUGUGGUAAUUGUAACCUCUACUGAACUCACGUCUAUUCUUUUUUUUUUUCUUGCAAAACCUGGGAUUAUUUGAGUGUCUCAAAGGGAAGCGUGCUACUCGUGGUUCGGUGGAUUUUCCAGCAGGAAUGGCCACUGCAAGGCUUGAUUACGUUGCUCCGUGGUGGACAUACUGGCUGCACAAUUUCCCACACUUCAGUUUCUCUUUCCAGUCGGUCGACAACACUUUCAAACCGGAGGAGACGAGCUAUCAGCAGUCUCUGAUAAUUCUAGCAUGUGUUGGUGCAGUGGGCCUCGGUCUGAGCCUGCUAGUUCUGGCAGUUUACCUGGUCUGUCUCUGCUGCUGCUGCAAGAACAUAGACGAAGACACCAAAAGACCCGAUACUUGCUGUGUCACCUGGGCUGCCAUUGUCACAGGUCUCAUCAUAUGUUCUGCUGUGGGAGUGGGUUUCUAUGGAAACAGUGAGACCAACGAUGGGGUGUACCAGCUGACCUACUCACUCUACAAUGCCAAUCACACAUUGGGUGGCAUCAAUAAUCUGGUUGCAGGAUCUCUUGGCAGUGCAGAAACUGGAUUCAAACAACACCUGGAACGGCUGGAUGAGAUCUUUGCUACAAGGACCGACUACCUCCAAGCUCUGCGCUUCAUGCAGCUGAUGGUCAACAAUGUCAUCCGCGAGCUAACUGCUCUGCCAGACAUCAACAAAGCCAAUGUUGACUUGGCAGCCAUUGCUGACCAGACUGCUUUCAUUGAGUAUUACAGAUGGCUGACCUAUCUGCUGCUGCUGAUCCUGGAUCUGGUGAUCUGCUUGGCCUUGUGCUUGGGAAUAGCCAGGCAGUCUCGAUGGCUGCUGAUCACGAUCAUGGCUUUUGUAAUGCUGUCUCUGAUCCUGAGCUGGGCCUCACUGGGAGCAGGCAGUGCUACAGCUGUGGGAACCAGUGACUUCUGUGUGUCUCCAGACAAGUUUAUUGUUAACCAAACCAGGGAUUUCCUCAGUGCAGAUGUUGCACACUACUAUUUGUUCUGCAGUCCGAACCUACCAAACCCCUUCCAACAGUCGUUGACAAUCUGCCAGCGUUCUGUGACCACCAUGCAAAUCCAGAUCCAGGGCUUGCUGCAAUUCUCAGUGCCCGUCUUUCCCACUGCCGAGAGAGACCUUCUGGGGAUCCAGCGACUGUUGAACUCCACUGAGUUCAGUCUACACCAGCUAACAGCCUUGCUUGACUGCCGCGGGCUACAUGAGGACUACCUGGAUGCCCUGAUGGGUGUGUGCUAUGAUGGGGUGGAAGGACUCCUCUACCUCUCUCUGUUUUCUCUGCUGGCUGCCUGCGCGUUCUCUGCCAUGCUUUGUGCGAUUUUCCGAGUGUGGACACUAAUGGGCAGCAGGGACAAAGAGUAUGAUGAUAUAGAUGAGGAGGACCCUUUCAACCCUCAAGCACGGAGGAUGUCCUACAACCCCAGAAGGUCUAACAUCCACAGUUUCUGUAGUUAUACGAGCAGCCUUGGCAGCCAGGCCAGCAUUCAUCCGCCUUCCCAGUCUGCUUCUAAUGCAGUACCACCCCCUGAAUACAUGAAUCAAUCGAUGCUGUUUGGAGGGAGCCCUCGAUAUGAGAACGUGCCACUGAUAGGGAGAGGAUCCCCACCGCCCUCGUAUUCGCCCAGUAUGAGGACCACCUAUCUAUCUAUGACUGAUGCCCAGAUCAGACACUUUGGGACUGACUUCCAGGUGUAGCCUGCUUCACACAGAAUCCUUUUUCAGAGAAGCACUGUAUGAGACUCUGGGUUCUUACCAAGGAGGCUGUCUUCAUGGUAUAAUCCUGUUUACGGGAGCUGCAGCCCGCCGUCCCAAUAUGAGACAUGAAAGCAGGCCAUAUGAGGCAAUUACCUCAGUAACACACCAGUGCAGUGCUCUGAAAGCCCUGCAUGCAAAGAGAGCGCCUGUACGGGUUCAUCUCAAGAAUGUUAUUGUUGUCAUGAUGUGUGGAAAUACCGUUGCUCAAAUGUAAGCAUUUCUAUGAGCCAAAUUAAGAGCCUUUGAACUGAAUGGAUAAUUUUGUUUCCUUUUUGUUUUACUCUUCCUAUAUUCUGGUGGGAUAUGAUCAUCAGCAUGGUCAAUAAUUUGAUGUGGAGUAGGAUGGUGGAGUAUGACUAAUAUGUAGACUGCCCUUCAUAUUUAAGGUUCUUUAUGUAAUUUUAAAGGUGUCAUUGAAAACCUUACCAAAUAUUGUAGUUUUGCUUUGGACAGCCAAAUGCUACUCACUUCAUAUUUUAGAUUUUUUUUUGUGUGUUUCUAGAUUUGUAACUACCACAUUGAAGCAUCCCUUGGUUCUUGUUGUAAUACUACAUUGCAAUGUUUGACCUGCUUAUCAAGGAUGAGUCAAAUAGUCAUAGUACAUUUGGAGACUUUACUUCAGCUGCAUGUGGGAAAAUUGCCUUGGACUAAAUAAGCACAGCAGAAUGGGGAUUUAAUUUGCAUCCCGGCAUUUAUAACUAUGCUGUGAGACAAUGAAAAAAAAAAAAAAAAAUUCAACAAUUAAAACAAAACUGUCAGUAUGUUUGUGUGCUGUGUUAUAAUCACAUUCCA